AUGAACAUCACAGCAAAAAAGUAUACCGCAUCCCUAUACAACUCAAUUCGUUUCUACUCGAAGAGAUCAACACUGCCCAGGAAAAGAAGCUACUACCUGGUUGCUGGCACGGGCACUCUGUUUUGCGCAGGCGGAUUUACCUGGUAUGAAUCUGACUCCCAAGCUCGCCAUGUUACACUUGCUGUCAAGCGCAUGAGUGUUGCAACAAAAGUCGGCAUCAGCGUUGCCGUUGAUUACAAAAAGACACAGGCAAGGAAAUACAGCAACGAAGAGGAGCAAUUGAAUGCCAAAAGCCAGUGUCAUCAGCGCUGUGCAGAGAAAGUGCUUGCAGGUCUGCAGAAACUAGGAGGCAUCUACGUCAAAUUAGGCCAACAUGUAUCUGCAAUGACGUAUAUUCUACCCAUCGAAUGGACAACGACAUUAUCCGCUUUGCAAGAUCGCUGUGACCCGACAUCUGAGGAGGACAUCCGUAAGCUCUUUUUGACAGAUUACGGUGUGCCUCUGGAUCAAGUCUUUGAAGAAUUUGAUUGGAAGCCGCUCGGCGUGGCUUCUCUAGCCCAGGUACACAAGGCUCGACUUCGCAAAGAACACACAGGUCAAGGCGAUUGGGUCGCUGUCAAAUUUCAGCACCCUCGACUGGACGAAUUUUGUCGCAUUGAUUUGAAAACAGUGUCAUUCAUCAUUGACACCAUCAAACGCAUGUUUCCUGAUUUUGGCUUUGAAUGGAUAUUACAGGAGAUGCAAGAGUCAUUACCUCAAGAAAUGAACUUUGAGCAUGAAGCUGGCAACUCGUACAAAUUGAAAGAGAAUUUUGCAUACGAACGAAAGCAUCGCAAGACAGCAUUGGUGGUCCCAGAGGUGAUCUGGGCCAAGAGAAGAAUUCUGUGCAUGGAAUUCAUUGAAGGUGCUCGUAUUGAUGAUAUGGAUUUCAUGAAGGAACACGGCAUUGAUCCCAGUCUAGUUUCGACAGAAAUCACUGAGAUCUUCUCGAAAAUGAUGUUUUUGGAUGGAUUCGUGCACUGUGAUCCACAUCCAGGCAAUAUCUUGAUUCGACCUGCAAAGAAUCCCAAAUCAAGAUUCAAGUUUGAUGUUGUUUUGCUGGAUCAUGGCCUCUACCGUACAUUGACAGAGCAACUAAGAACUGAUUAUGCUUAUUUGUGGACAUCACUGAUUCGAGGAGAUGAGGAAGGCAUAAGGAAGUACUCUCUGCGGGUAGGUUGUCGUCCUGAAUCCCACCGCUUGUUUGCUUCUCUGCUUACAGGUCGUGAAUGGUCUACUAUUUCCACAGCAAAUCUAUCCAGUGAUAGAGACAGAACUGAGAUCAGUCGUGUUUCUAGCCGUGCCAAGGGAUUCAUCACAAGAAUUUACGAUAUUCUGGAAACAUUGCCCCGCAUUGUGCUUUUAUUGCUCAAAACAAGUGAUUUACUGAGAGGACUAGACGAGACAUUGAGACAAUCUGGCGACAAAUACAUGACAUAUGCCUUGAUGGGUAGAUUUUGUGCUGAAGCUGUUUGGAUAGAUGCAAAGCAACAUUUAAUCAGACGCAUCAAGGAGUCAUCAAGCAUCACUGCAAGUUUAGGAUUGAUCAAGAGCCUAUUCAAGGCCUGGUGGGAAUACCAAACUUUGGAAUGUAGCUUAUGGUAUUAUCAAUUGCAAUCAAAUACUCGCGCUAGAUGGUCCUUGAUUUGGAAUCAUGGUAUGAUGAAAUCAAAUAGAGACAAGAAGGAGGAUCAAAAAUUGAAAUAUGCCGAUGCUGCUGCUGUGAUGGCAUCCGCUACAUAA